AUGUCGGCAAGAUUCGAUCCGAUCCGUUGGUCGAGCCUCGUUACUACCGGCUUUCGACUCGCGAGAAGAUUCUCCGUGGUAGCCACUUCCGUUAGAGGAUCUUCCGUCGGUAGUUUGAGGAAUCUUCAUACUUCGAGACGUGUCGAUUCGACAAAUGUACCUGGUGUUAGGAGGUUUGCGAUUUUGAGCAAGCCAAGUAUCAACGAGAUGCCGCACGCUAUCGACGCCUAUUACCCGCAAGUGUCCACAUUGGUCACGAACGUGGCGAAAAAUCCGUCUAUCAGCAACAACUACGAGUACAUAGGAAAAACACCUUUACUGAACACGUCCGUAGGACCUGUUGCACCGAAACUUCGUUCUUACAUCGAGGAAUGCGCAUCGCUUUGCUGUCCCAAGGAUAUCUACAUCUGCGACGGAAGUGAAUCGGAGUAUAAUCACCUGUUGAAGCUUUUGGAAAAGGACGAAACAAUUUCACCGUUGCCGAAAUAUGAGAACUGCUGGCUCGCCAGAACGAAUCCAGCGGACGUGGCCCGCGUGGAGAAGAAAACGUUUAUCAGCACCGACUCUAAACGCGAUACGAUCCCAACACCUCGCGAUGGUGUCACCGGAGAAUUGGGUAACUGGAUUUCCCCGUCUGACAUGGACAAAGCAAUCCUAGAACGCUUUCCAGGAUGCAUGAAAGAUCGAACGAUGUACGUCAUCCCCUUCAGCAUGGGUCCAGUAGGUUCUCCACUCUCGAAGAUUGGAAUAGAGAUCACAGACUCAGCCUACGUAGUCUGUUCUAUGAGAAUAAUGACCAGGAUGGGAAAGAAAGUGCUGGAAACCCUCGGCAACGACUAUUUCGUCAAAUGUCUGCACUCUGUUGGCCUCCCAAAAUCUGACUCCAAGGUCGGCGUUAACUUUUCCUGGCCCUGUGAUCCAGAGAGGACAAUCAUCCUCCAUAAACCAGCCAAAAACGAGAUUGUCUCCUAUGGAAGCGGUUACGGUGGAAAUUCUCUGCUUGGUAAAAAAUGCUUGGCUCUCAGAAUCGGCUCGACCAUCGCCAGAGACGAAGGCUGGCUCGCUGAGCACAUGCUUAUUCUGGGUAUUACAAAUCCAAAAGGUAGAAAACGCUACAUCGCCGCUGCGUUUCCCAGCGCUUGUGGGAAGACCAACUUGGCCAUGAUGCAGCCAACUCUACCAGGCUACAAGAUCGAGUGUGUGGGAGACGACAUUGCUUGGAUGAGGUUCGACCAGGAAGGCAGACUCCGAGCUAUCAACCCGGAAAAUGGAUUCUUCGGUGUGGCACCGGGAACCAGCUUCAGUACGAACCCUAACGCCAUGAAGACCAUCUUCAAAGACACUAUAUUUACCAACGUGGCUGCUACCGAUGACGGUGGAGUUUUCUGGGAGGGGCUGGAGAAGGAGAUCGGUGAAAAUGUUGAAAUCACUGACUGGCGAGGCGAGAAGUGGAACAGAGGAUCCAAGACACCAGCAGCACAUCCAAACUCCAGAUUCUGUUCUCCAGCCAAGCAGUGUCCUAUCAUUGAUCCUGCUUGGGAGGAUCCAAUUGGAGUUCCCAUAGACGCCAUCUUGUUUGGAGGAAGAAGGCCAGAGGGUGUUCCCUUGAUCUAUCAAGCCAGAGACUGGCAACACGGUGUCUUUCUUGGAGCUUCGAUGAGGUCUGAAGCUACUGCUGCGGCAGAACAUCAGGGCAAGGUAAUCAUGCAUGAUCCAUUCGCGAUGAGACCUUUCUUCGGCUACAACUUCGGCCACUACCUCGACCAUUGGCUCAGCAUGACCAAAGUGAAGAACAACAAGCUGCCAGCUAUAUUCCACGUGAACUGGUUCAGGAAGGGUUCAGAUGGUAAAUUCCUUUGGCCAGGAUUCGGCGAGAAUUCUCGCGUCCUCGACUGGAUCCUCCGUAGAAUCGACGGCGAGGACAUCGCUGUUAACUCUCCCAUCGGUCUGCUACCAAAAUUGGAGUCGUUCAACUUGGACAGCAUGAAGGGGAACGUAGACAUGGAGGAAUUGUUCAGAUUGCCGAAAGAUUUCUGGCAGAAAGAAGUUAGGGAUCUCAGGGAGUACUUCGACGCGCAAGUAGGCAGCGAUUUGCCAGCAGCUAUCACCGAAGAACUCGAUGUUCUCGUUCGUAACGUCGAGCAGCUUUGA